ACACACCUAAACCUACCAAUACUGGGGGUGCAUAAUCUGGCAGGGUGCACAUUUCGGCACUACACCGGCCUAAUACAUCACGCUUUCUUCCUGCGGCGCGGAGUACAGCGACUCUACAGAAGAGCUAGAAUCCGAAGACGUGCACAGAUGUGAUGCGAUAAGAGAACGAGAAGCUCGCGGCGCAGCAGCGGACUGAUAAACGCGUCGCGGGACCUGAGACUGUACAGUGCGGGACAUGUCUGGUGAUGACGUAUCCGCGCUGGACGUGCUGACGCUCGUCGGAAGAGCGGUGUGCGCAGGCGCGGCGCUGACAGCCGCACUCUACCUGAUCCGCAGACUAGUUUAAUAAUGGCCUGGAAAUCCGGAGGAGCGAGCCACGCGGAGCUCGUCAACAACCUCCGCAAAAAUGGGAUCAUUAAAUCUGACCGCGUGUAUGACGUUAUGUUGGCCACAGACCGCGCCCACUUCUCCAGAUGUAACCCAUACAUGGACUCGCCACAAUCUAUAGGUUACCAAGCAACAAUCAGUGCACCACAUAUGCACGCGUAUGCUCUGGAGCUCCUCCAUGAUCAUCUGUAUGAAGGAGCGAAGGCUCUGGAUGUGGGAUCAGGCUCCGGAAUCCUGUCCGUCUGCUUCGCCAGAAUGGUUGGGCCGAAGGGGAAGGUGAUUGGCAUUGAUCAUAUAAAGGAGCUUGUGGAGGAUUCUAUAGCUAAUGUAAAGAAAGACGACCCUAGUUUGAUCUCUUCAGGGAGAAUCAAACUCAUUGUUGGAGAUGGAAGAAUGGGCUUUACAGAAGAAGCACCUUAUGACGCCAUACAUGUCGGAGCCGCAGCUCCCACGGUGCCACAAGCAUUGCUGGACCAGCUGAAGCCAGGUGGGCGUCUGAUUCUGCCGGUCGGGCCAGCAGGAGGGAACCAGAUGCUGGAGCAGUAUGACAAAUUGGAGGAUGGCAGUACCAAAAUGAAGCCACUGAUGGGCGUGAUUUACGUGCCUUUAACAGACAAAGACAAGCAGUGGUCAAGGUGGAAGUGACUUCCUGUCCUCUGUCCCCUCUCUCUUCUAGGGCACAGGGAUGAACUUUGAAAGGAUGACCUGGCAAUACUCAUGACACCACAUGCACGCACACACACACACACACACAUACACCCAACUGGACUUCUCUGAGGAGAGCUUGUAUAAAUGCUCUAUUUCCAUACCUGUGACAGUCUGAUGGUUUUGAAAGACAGGUGUAUUGAUCAGAUUCUUUUAUUUAAAAAGGAAAAAAAAUUGGAAUAGGGCUUUGUGCUGAGAUUUACAUGCCUGCAGUUUGAGAAUUCUGUGAAUGCAGUUAUUUUUUUUUUUUGACUUCAGUAUUACAGUCAGUUUGAUUGUUCAUGCAUCUCAGCGUAAUGUAAACAGAACACGGGGGCCGGCCUUUGUGCUGAAUCCAGCCGGUGAUUAAAACAUAAUUAACUGCUACGUUAUGUGUAGGGAUGUCUUUGCUUUACAGAUCUGUGUUAAUAGUAAUGGCUUGUGUUUUCAGCUGAAACGUGAUGCCCAGGCAAAAUAAACCACUUAACAUUCAA